AUGGCGAAGCGCAAGGAGGAUCCGUUACAAGCAGAGGACGCGCACGACAAGCUGGAGCUGAUGCCGCUGGGCGCGGGCAACGAAGUGGGGCGGUCGUGCGUGUUCAUGUCGUACAAGGGCAAGAACGUGCUGUUCGACUGUGGCAUUCACCCCGCCUACUCGGGCAUCGCCGGGCUGCCCUUCUUUGACGAGAUCGACCCCUCCUGUAUCGACGUGCUGCUGGUGACGCACUUUCAUCUCGACCAUGCCGCGUCACUGCCUUACUUUCUCUCUAAGACCAACUUCCAGGGACGCGUGUUCAUGACCCAUGCCACCAAGGCCGUCUAUCGCCUGCUGCUCUCUGACUUCGUGCGAGUCAGCAAGGUGGCUGUGGAUGAUGCCCUGUUCACGGAGCAAGACAUUCAACAGAGCAUGGAGAAGAUUGAGGUCAUUGAUUUCCACCAGAUUCACGAGGUGAACGGUAUCAAGUUCUGGUGCUACACGGCGGGGCACGUGCUGGGAGCAGCCAUGUUCGCGGUGGAUAUAGCGGGAAUCAGGGUGCUCUAUACGGGGGAUUACUCGCGCGAGGAGGACCGCCACUUGAGAGCAGCCGAAGUGCCGCCCUUCUCUCCGGACCUCUGCGUCAUUGAGUCAACGUUUGGUGUACAGAUUCACGAGCCACGGGAAGUGAGGGAGCGUCGAUUUCUCGACUUUGUGGUGGGAACGGUGUUGAACGGAGGGAGGGUGCUCAUCCCGGCGUUCGCCCUGGGGCGAGCGCAGGAGCUGCUGCUCAUUCUGGACGAGCACUGGAGGGGCCAUCCGGAGGUGCAGCACGUGCCGCUGCUCUAUGCGUCGCCCCUCGCAAGGAAAACUAUGGUCGUGUAUCGCACUUACCUAAGCGCCAUGAACGACCGCAUUCGCGAGCAAGCGGAAGUCUCCAACCCGUUUGACUUCCGGUUCAUCAAGUCGCUGAGGAGCAUUGCUGAAUUCGAGGACACGGGGCCGGCUGUGGUGAUGGCUAGCCCGGGUGGGCUGCAGAGCGGUCUAUCCCGUCAGCUAUUCGACAUGUGGUGCCAGGAUGCCAGGAACACGUGUUUGAUCCCAGGGUACGUGGUGGAGGGCACGCUAGCCAAGACCAUUCUGAGCGAGCCCAACGAGGUGACCCUCCAGUCCGGUGCCACAGUCCCGCUCCGCAUGAAGGUCCACUACGUGUCCUUCGCAGCCCACGCCGACUACCCGCAGACCUCCCACUUUCUGGAGCAGAUCCGUCCCCCCCACAUCGUGCUGGUUCACGGGGAGGCGCACGAGAUGGCACGGCUUAAAGCCAAGCUUGCGCUGCAUUUCAAGGACUCGUUGGCCCCGCCGAGUAUUCACACCCCGAAGAAUUGCCAGGGCGUGGAGUUUUUUUUCAAGGGGGAGAAGAUUGCGAAGGUGGUGGGGAGGAUUGCGGAGAAGGGGGGGGUUAUGGCUCCUGAUGGGGAGGAGGAUGGGGAGGGGGAGGGUGGUGAUGCUGCUGCUGCCGGUACUGGUGCUGGUGAUAGUGGUGGUGCUGCUGCUGCUCCGGCAAUCAAAGCAGCAGAGGUUACGGGAGGGCUGGUAGCAUCAAGCAACCCAUCGAGCAAAGCAGGUGCCACCCAAGCAACUACGGGAGCAGGAGCAGCAGGGGGAGGAGCAACAGGGGGAGGUGCAAUGGCGGGAUGUGCAACAGAGGCAGCUGAACCAACAGGGGGAGCAGCAGCAGGGCGCACUAUAAGUGGGCUGCUAGUGCGCAAGGGCUUUAACUACCAGCUACUAGACCCUCAGGACCUCCCCUCCUACACCUCCCUUGGACUCGGCACCGUGGUUCAGAGGCAGUCCGUACCCUUUAUAGGCCCGUUCGAACCCAUUAUAAGGCGCCUGGAGAUGCUGUUUGACUCGGUCGUGCUUAUAAAGGAUGCGGGCGUGCCUGCAGUGCAGGUGCAUGAGAAGGUGAUUGUAGCGAGGGAGGGGGAAGACAGGGUGGUGCUGCAGUGGGCGUCCGAGCCUGUGGGAGAUAUGCUGGCAGAUUCGAUUGUGGCUCUGAUGCUGCAGCUGGAAUCCGGGCGGCAAACUGGCAAGGACCUGACGCUGCUGACGUCAGCAGGAGGAGGGAGAGGAGGAAGAGGAGUGAAAGUGGAAGGUGGGGGAAGGGAGGGAGGAGAGACUUUUGAGAAUUCUCAAAAGUCACUCCCAUAUGGAAGGGAGGGAGGAGAGAAGGUGGUGAAGGGAGAGGAGCUGGAUGAAAAGACAGGUGCUUUGGUUGUCGGAGAGAGCGAUAAGAAGAGGAAAGAGAAGGGCGAGGAGGGCGGAGGAGGCAAGGAGGAAAUUCAAGAGGAGGGGAAGGAGGAAGCUAAAUCGAAGGCUAUUGCGAAGGGAGAGGAGGGACAAGGAGAUGGAGAGGGAGAGGGAGAGGGAGAGGGGGAGGAAGGAGGGAAGUGGAGGUGGCUUAGAGAGGACGAGAUGAAGCACUUGGAGCGAGUGCUAGAGAGUAUGUUUGGCGGAGUGAGGAGGGACGGCGAGGAGGGGUUGAGAGUGAGUGUGGAUGGGGUGGAGGUGAGUGUGAGAGUGGGGGAGGAGGGAGGGGAGGUGGAGUGUGUGGAGGAGGGGCUGAAGAAGAGAGUGAGGGAGGCUGUGAACCGGUUUCUAGCAGCUGUUCGCCCUAUCCCUCCGCCCGUUGGCUCUGCCGUAGGCUUGAAGAAAAGUUAG